CGACCUUAGACCCUACAAUCUAUAAAUACCUCCUCUACUUCUCACAUUUUCUUCACCCCAAUUCCUCACAUAUACCAAUUAAAACCUUCCCUAUUCUCUCUUCUUCUUCUUCUUAUUCUCCUUCUUCUUCUUCACCUGUUCAUUUUUUUCUCACUUCCAAAGCACCAUGGGUGUCAUCACCUACGAUAUGGAGGUCUCUUCCUCAAUCCCACCAGCCAAGAUGUUCAAGGCCUUUGUCCUUGACGCCGACACCCUCAUCCCCAAAAUCAUCCCACAAGCCAUCAAGAGCGUGGAAAUCCUUGAAGGCGAUGGAGGAGCCGGAACCGUCAAGCUCAUCACCUUUGGCGAAGGCAGCGCGUAUAAGAGCGCGAAGCAAAGAGUGGAUGCCAUCGACAAGGAGAACUUCACCUACAGCUACAGCGUGAUCGAAGGCGACGCCUUUGCGGGGAUUGUCGAGUCGAUCUCCUACCACAUCAAGAUCGUGGCCACCCCCGAGGGAGGAUCCAUCUGCAAGAACAGGAGCAUCUAUACCACCAAGGGCGACGCCCAAGUCAGUGAAGAGGAAAUCAAGGCCGGCAAAGAGAAGGCCUCCGGCAUGUUCAAGGCUAUCGAGGCUUACCUCCUGGCAAAUCCCGAUGCCUAAAAAACCAGAGUUCCUAAGAAUAUAUAUUGAUCUGUGUAUGUUCUUAUGAGUGUGUCUCUGUUUUCAAAGGUGUGGUUUUUGGUUUUUUUUUUUUGUUUGCUGAGUGGUGGCUUUCGUGGAUUGCAUCCAAUAAAAAGGUAAGGAAUUUGUAUUGUAAUUUUCCAUCGGACAGAUGUCUCUAUGAGUGUAUCGAUUUAUAACACUCAUUAUGGGUUUCAGUGAUAUAUAUAGCCUUAUUCUUUGCAA